ACUGUCAGCUGCAUUAUACGUCGGACCAAUAGAAGCACAGCUCCAUCUUGGCUGUGCACCAGACCGCAUUACAAACAGACGGUACCAUCGCUUCAACAGCAUCUUUCCCGACAAGAGAUUCCAAACAGGAGUACAGGAACUGGAGUCUCAAGAAUGGCUUCCGGGCACUGGAAUGAAACCACCACCUCUGUUUACCAGUACCUUGGAUUUCAAGUCCAACAGAUUUACCCUUUCCAUGACAACUGGAACACUGCCUGCUUUGUCAUCCUGCUUGUGUUCAUAGUGACUGUGGUGUCCUUAGUUGUGCUGGCUUUCCUUUAUGAGGUACUUGACUGCUGCUGCUGUGCAAAGAACAAAACCGUGAAGGACUUGAAAAGCGAGCCGAGUCCUCUCAGGAGUAUGAUGGACAACAUCAGAAAACGUGACAGUGAGGUGGUCUAGCCUUCCACUGGAGAUAAACAAAAGCUUUCAAAACAGUCUCUGUCUCUUCUGGGAAAAAUGAAAAUUUCCUGAGGCCAAACUAUUACAAAACUGAUCUGACUUGAAUGGCUAAAAGAUUUCUAGUAGAAAAGAAACCAUGUGAAAUGUGCACUCUUGUGUAUGUAUCCUCAUUAAAUAUGCAGUCCAUAAUGUGAA